AUGGAAAGAUUAAAUAUAAAUGAUGAUUCUAAAUCAUCAUUGCUAAAUAGUAGUAACAGUAACAAUAACAAUAGUAAUGGAGUUUACAAUAAAAAGAAACCGUUUUAUAUACAGAUUAAAGAUUUUUUUAGAAAAUUAUUAUUACCUGUCGGUAAAAUGCCUCCAGAAGAUAGAUUAAAUUUAAAUUGGUUCGAAAAAUGGAAAAAAUAUAAUAGAUUCCCUUUUAAACUUUUUAUACAUUUAAUUAUUACAGUUUGUUUAACAUUAAUUAUUUGUUUACAAACUGGUGACUUAACAAUUUAUUCAGUUGGUAUCGAGGCAACAUGGUAUAGCAUAUUUUUUCCAACAGAUUUUCAAUAUGAAGGGGAUUACGGUUCAAAUUUAAUGUAUUUAUAUAAUAUUAAUGAUACUGUAAAUUUUAUAAGAGAUGGAUUGGAAGCAUAUGAUAAAUUAGAAGAGACAUCAGUAAAUAAGUUCCAAGUUUACUCACCCACCAAUGGUGAUUUUUAUCCACCAUACAAUGCAACAUUAACAAUACGAUCCUACAUACAUUGUGACCAAGUAUUUGAUACAUCACUCGCAAAUGCAAAUACAGAGACAGUUUCAAAUGAAAUUCUCAUCAACUCAGAGGAUAUUGGACCAUUUGAAGGUUAUCCUACCAAAGAUCCAGCCGAAAUUGCAAGAAUUCAACAACUUUUUUAUUGUAUGUACGAUAUGAAGAUAAAAUAUAGUUUUACAAAUGUACAUUUACAAUAUGACCACCCUGUGGCUUAUCUCUGGGAUGUCUAUAUUAUUUUCGAUGCAAAAGAACAAGCUGGCCGUAUAGAGUGUUCAAUUCAUACCGAGAAAACCAGAGUUUCAGAACCACCAUACAGUAAACUAUUACAGUCAUCAAAGUUAAUUUUAGAUUCAUUAGUUAUUGUUUUCUCAAUUCUCAGCCAAAUUUUAGCAUGGAGAUCUUUUGCAUUCUCUUUUAAAGCAUAUCAACGUACUAAACGUCUCCUUCGUCGUAAUUCAACACGUUCAAUCCUCACAGUAGAGCUCAAUUGGAAGAGUCUAAAUUGGCGUACAAAAUUAAGAUUCUUUAACUUAUGGUUUGUUCUUUGCUUGAUCAGUAAUGUUUUGACAGUUGCUGGUGCAAUUCUAGACUUUUUCGAAGUAGCCGGUACCGCAUCCAGUACAGCUACAAAGGUUUUAAUUGGUUUAAGUUGUCUUUUCUCUUGGAUUAAUUUAAUUCGUUAUUUAGAAUUUGAUCAGAAAUCAACAUCACUCAUUCGUGCUUUACUUAAUGGUCUCCCAGAAAUUAUUCGUUUCUCUGCCGGUAGUCUUCCAAUCUUUAUUGGUUUUUGCUUGUUUGGUUUAAUGGUGUUCUCGGAACAUACUCUUAGAUUUGCUUCGUUUGGUGAGGCCGCUAUUACUCUAUUUGGUUUACAAAAUGGUGAUGAUGUUCAAGCUACAUUCCGUGCUACUGAAAAAGAUCCAAUUAUUUCAAAGAUUUACUUCUUUAUCUUUGUAUUCAUUUCAGUUUACUGCAUUUCCAACAUUUAUAUUGCUAUCAUGGAAUCAUCUUAUUCAAAGGCUAUCAGUGUAAAAUCUAAAAUGGAAAGAAAAGUAAAAGAAAAAAAGAAAUUAAAAGAACAAUUAGGUGAUGAAAUUAAUUUAGAUGAACAUCUUUGGAAACAAAUUUUAGGUCUCAAAGAAGGUAGCACCGAUGUAGAUGAUGACGAUAACGCAAGUCAAGCCACAGCCACUCAUAACAAUGAUGAUAAUGCAAGCCAAUAUGAUGAUGAUGACCAAAGCAAAUAUGAUGAUUUCGAUGAAGCUAGUGCAAUAACAGGUGGUAUUCCAAUGUCAUCACAAAAGCCCAAUAAGCCACAAUCAUCAAAAGAUAAGCCAUCCUCUUCAUCAAAGAAACCUCUAAAACCAAGACCAACACUAUCAGAAUCUCAACAAACUCAAGCUAACAAAGCAGUUUCAACAUUUGAUACUGGUGCUUUAAUUGAUGAUAUUUCGAAAGUUAUCCUUGAAAGACAAAUAUCAUUCACAAAAGAAAUUCAAUCUUUAAUUAAAGACUCAAUUCAACAAAGAAUUCAAGAAUUGGUUUCAUCAAAACAAAUUUCAUUAAAUGAUGAUCAACAAUCAUCAUCAUCUCCACCAAAUAAUAAUAAUAACAACAAUAAUAAUAAUAAUAAUAAUAAUAAUAAUAAUAAUAAUAAUAAUAAUAACAAUAAUAAUAACAAUAACAAUAAUAAUAAUAAUACAUUUGACUUUGAUGAUUGA